UUUGGCGGGGUGGGUUGUAAACGUGCAAAUGUUUUUUGUUUCUCAUGCAAUAUACGCGAAACGUUGUGUCUAAUAAUACUAAGGUCAAACGACACGACUCUUUAUAGAUGUUUGGUUAUAUCUUUAUAAAUUAAAGUGACGGGAAAUUAACACAGUACUUGCAACUGAUCGAAUCUAAUUUAAAGAGAGAAGAACAGAAAUGGCGAAUGAAUGUGGUGGAAUCGGACCGGGUUCGAUCUUGGCGAUUGUGGUCGUUGCGAUGAUGUUACUGUUCGUUCCUUUGAUGAUUGGACCGGUGGCUCCACCAACUCCUCCACUUAUCUUGGUGUUUCCGAUCGUCUUGCUCUUUGUGUUUCUCUAUCUUCAUUUUACUUCCAAGUGAAAUCUCUUUUUUUUUAUUUUUCUUCAAUGAUUAUUAUGUAGUAUCCGUAUGUAUGUAUAUAUUUUCCAGAUUACAAUGAUAUCUGUGUUUCUGACUCUACAUCUAUAAAUCCAAGAGUGUGUUUUUGCCA